AAAGCCAAGGGAAACCCAAAAGAGACCAUCCCACUUCACACUCCCGAAGCUCGGCCGCCUCCUGUCCUCUCCUCUCCUGCAUGCUCGCCGCCGGCGAUGCCCGGCCCGCUCAAGCGCCCCUCCCUCGGCCGCCUGCUCGCCGCCCUCCGCUCGCCGUCCCGCGUCCCGGUCCAGACCGGCUUCCCCACCUCCCUCGCCGACCUCGUCGUCAAGAACCAUGGCCGCCUCAGGAAGCCCCGCAAGCCGCGCCGCCCCACCGCCCUGGCGCUGCCCCCGUCUCCGCCGGAGACCCCGGUGGACGUAGGGGAGACUCCUUCGCUGCCGCCAUCGCCCGGGCCGCUCUCGCCGGUGGUCGUGGAGGAGUCCUCGGCCCCGGUGGUGCGGCGGCUCGACGCGCGUAAAGGCGCCGCCUUCUUCCGGCCCCGCCCGGAGCUCCUCGCGCUCGGCGGGGCCGUGGCGCUCGCGCUCCUCGCCGUGUGGAGGGAGGGGACCGUCGCGGCCUUCACCAUCGCCUCGCUGUCGUUGCUCUGGAUCGAGUCGGCCUCCCGCCGGCGUCGGCGCUCCUCGCGCCCGGCGGAGCUGCCCGAUUCGCGCGGCCCCGCCCCCGUCUCGCCGAUCCGGGAGGCGGAAGAAGCGCCCGGGCCAUCCAGCUGCUCCGAUUCCGACAGGAACAGCGAGGCCCCCUCCCCUCGGCCCUCCGGCGGCGAAGAUCCGGCCACCCCCAAGAGGAAACCGAGGAGGUCGCUGAGGAAGAUAAUCUCCAAGACGCUGCAGAAGAAGCCCAAGGCGAAGGAUGCCUCAUGCUCUACCGACGGCGAGGUCGAGCAGCCGGAGCCAGUUAGAACCGAGGCCUUUGUAAUUCCAGCCCCUUCCUUGGCCGAGCAGACGCCGUCGGAACCAAGCACAGGAUCGUCGGUGGAGAUGAAGAUGGAGAUGGAAAGGCGAGGGGGCAGAUUCCCCCUGGCGGCGUUCGUCCCGGUCAUCCUCGCGGGCCUCGCCGCCGGGAAGCUCCCGGCGACGGCGCUGGCCGUGCUCUGCGUGGCCUUCUUCGGCUCGCGCCGUCGAGCGAAUUUAGGCCGCCAGUAACCCGCCGAGUGAGAGAGAUCCGAUCCCCUCGAAACCGUCCGUUUGUAAAAAAUCAGAGACAGAAGAAGAAGAACAAAUCCAUACAUGCUGAAUGUUGAUCCGGCUUUUCCACCGUUUGUAAAA